AAUUUAACUUUCCUGGCUGAGCAGGCACAGGCACCGCAUUCUUGCGCCUGAUUGGUUACAGCUUCAGUGUUUGGAAAUUUGCAUAUAGCAGGCUUUUGCACACACACAAGCCCUGCACUGACAGGUGUGUAAAGAAUCCAGCAGAGAACAGGACUGCCGGGUACACAGGAGUGCCCCGGUUAAAAUGGCAAAAUCUGAAAAAGAACAAGUCUUUUCCAGUACACGUGAAUGUGAAACUUCCCGUCAGCUUUGGGGCCCUGAAGUCACCGCAAACCAGAUCUUUUAUGCCAAACCACAUAAUGACAAAGUCACACCGAGCUGUUGCACAGAUGUCGAAUAUCUCUGCCAGAGGCAACACAGAGGUGGACAAGCGAGGGCGGGCUGGCCGACCCGAGAGCUGCUGCACCGAACACAACCAGAGGAUUUCCAUCACCACAGAGACCUGAGAGGAGGAUGCAGCUGCUGGGACUGUGGACUCAACCAGUGUGGAAGAGCAGAGCCUGCAAACAGAGACACAACUGGAGAGGAGUAUGAAUACAGUGCUCAUCUUCAGAGUGAUGAAGAGCUUGAGCCUCCACUGCCGCUGAGAUCUGACGAUGAAUGGCAACAUCACAGUCUUCGUCCUCACCACUAUGUGCACAGUAACUAUGGCCUACAUAUGGAUGUCAGGUGUCAGUCUGCAGGAGCAGGACAUUACAACCCCGGCCUGGUCAACAGAUACUGGUCUCAGCCUCAGCCUCAGCCUCAUCAGAGCGUGAACAGAAGAGCCUGCGAUGAUGACCAAACGUGGUUUCACGGCGGCUGCGUGAGUGACAGCACGGCUCAGGCAAACGUCUCUGUGAACGUGCCUCACUUGUCCUUCCCCCCCGUGGAAGGCGUCUCACAGUUGGGUGUGAUGAGCCUGAGCUCAGGGGGAGCCGUGGCAGCUGUUCCACGCUCACAUGGGUCGAGGAGAAGUGUCGAUCUGCCCGAUGAAUGCCGAAACGUCUUUAUCACUUACUCGUCGGACGUGUGCUCGGAGAUUCUGCCUUUCGUCGACUUCCUCACAGAACAGGGUUUUCGUCCGGCUAUUGACAUAUUUGGAGACUCUAUUGGACGCAUGGACAUCAAGUGGAAGGACAGUCACUUAACUGAUCCAUCCAACUUAAUAAUCAUCGCCAUCAGUCCGAAGUAUAAAGCGGACAUCGAAGGACUGGAAGUGGACAGCCAUGGUCUGCACACUAAAUAUAUUCACUUCAUGAUGCAGAAUGAAUUCAUCCAGCAGGGCAGCCUGAAUUUCAGAUUCAUACCAGUUCUCUUCCUCAACGCUUCCCAGAAGCAUGUCCCGAGCUGGCUCCAGAACACGCACGUGUACCGCUGGCCGCACAACGCCGAGGAUCUGUUACUGCGGCUGCUGAGAGAGGAGCGAUACGCUCCUCCUCUUGUGCCGAAGGAGCCGCCUCUGAGCAUCAGGCCUGUGACCCCGAGUGCUGCAGCGACGCGGUGAUCGUGCGUUCACGCGUGUUUUCGAAUACGUGCAGCUUACCAGUGAAGUCGUAUCUGAUUGUCGUUGUGCGUGUGUUUAAAUGGCUCAAUAAAGAUGAAAGAUUCUC